AAAAAGUUUCCGAAACAGAGAUCAGAUCAUUACAUUACAACAACAUUCGUGUUAUCGUUCAUUUUCUUCGUAAUGUUUCGUGUGAGCAACUUCCUGGUAGGUCUCGCCAAUGCGUUGGUAAUGCUCGUGGGGGCAUCGGCGAUAGGUUUCUCUCUCUAUCUCUUCCUCCAUGGAAACACUAACUGCGAAAACGCUCUCAAAACGCCGCUUCUGGUGACGGGGACAGUCCUUUUCGUAAUCUCUCUUAUGGGAAUCAUCGGUUCUUGCUUCAAGAGCAACUUCGUCCUCGUCCUCUACCUGACCGUACUGUUCAUAUCGAUCGUUUCUUUGAUCGGUUUCUCGGUUUUUGCCUUCCUCGUUACGAACGAAGGAGCGGGCCAUGUUGUUUCGGGAAGAGGGUAUAAGGAGUAUCGUACUGGGGAUUUCUCAAAUUGGCUUAGGAACCAUUUCGUUGAUGGGAAGAGAUGGGAUGGCGUUAGGGCUUGUUUGGUCCAAGCCCGCGUUUGCAGCGGUCUCGGCGGUCGCGUUGGCCAGAUCGCAGACGCGUUUUACCAUAAGAACUUGUCUCCAAUACAAUCUGGUUGUUGCAAGCCUCCCUCGGAAUGCGACUUCGAGUUCAAGAACGCGACGUGGUGGGAACCGCGGAAAGGCAGCGCCGGUGGCCAAAACGCAACCGCUGCGGCGGAGGGCGAUUGCGACGCGUGGAGCAACGCGCAGACAGAACUAUGCUUCGGGUGCAACUCAUGCAAGGCGGGAGUGUUGGAGAACAUAAGACAGAAGUGGAGGCACCUGUUGAUUUUCAACGUCUGUCUCAUCGUCCUCAUCAUCACCGUCUAUUUGUUCGGAUGCUGUGCCCGUCGCAACAAUCGGACGGCUGUGAAUCGUUGCAACAAUAACGCUUGAACAUGAUGAUGAUGAUGAUCAUCAUCAUCAUCAUCAUAUGCAUUAGGCAUAUCUAGGAUCCAUGUAUUUUGUUUCUUGUUUGUUUUUCCUUAGGGUAUGCUUUUCAUUUGUUAUGCUUUGCUCUUAAUUAGGACCUUAUGAGGUACGUUGCUUUUG